AUGGCGUCUCAUGCGGAAUUCCUAUUCUCCCCGAGGUUCUCUCCUAGGCACCUUACGAUGAUACACGCUAUAACAGCCGCUUCUAAAUUCCCUAACAAGAUCGAUGACAUGCACCGCCUGGUCAUAGAAGAAUCUAGAUUCAUCAAGUUCAUAAAUCGUAGCCUAAACCUUUCUCGACUGUUCGGUAUCUACCCCCUCCUUCAUAAGAAGAAUUCCACUCAGCUUUGCCCUUAUUUGCUUAUAUACAAUAUCACCUUGAUAUUGGGCUUCGUACAUGCUACUGUGUACAUCGCUUUCUUUACUAGCGACUUUCUGGAACAUUCAGUCAUAAACACUACCAUCCGUUGCAUGAACAUGUUCAUAUUCGUGGUGUCUCUCAUUCUGUUCAGUUUCCGCCUAAUCAGGCGUCACAGGCAAAUAGGUUAUAUCUUCGAGAUGAUCGAAUCUGCCGAAAAGAGACUCUCUAGCCUCGGGACUUACUUUUCUUACGGAUUGCCUCCAUUGUUUCAAACUCUGCUGACAUGUUCCUUCUGGGCUUGUAGUAUCUUCGUGAAGUUUUACUUCGGAGGGUUCAAGUCUUUCUUCCACGAAUCGAUAGCUUACUAUACGGAACUGCUGCAUACUUUCAACCUCUUUGGAUUCUCCACUCUGCUGUACGCAGUCAAAGUACAGAUCUCCAAUGCCACCGAUCAUCUUCAGUGGGUCAUGAACAACCAAGUACAGAGAAAGAGGAAGCUAGAAGUGUUUGAGAACCUCGUCGAAGUACACGAAGACCUGUGCAGUAUUUCUUCUGAAAUCAGCAAAUUUUAUUCACUUCAGUUGCUUUUCACCGUGACGGCUGGGUUCAUCAGUUUUGUAGCCAAUGCUUAUUUUUGUGUCAUCGGAAAAGGUUCCUUGGUCAACAUCGCAGUUUAUUUUUUCGAAGCUAUGAUAGGACUGUUUCAGAGUUUUAUGGUAUGUUCUUCACCGGUUGAACUCGCUAACAAGUGUGUGUGUGCUCUCCCAUCCACAUUCAGAAAGAUGGCUUCGGUAGCUCCGGCAAAAUGGCUCGAGUCGUUUGCUUUCCAAGGGAAUGAAGUUGAAGAUACAAGAUUUCUGGUCUUCAUCAACCGUUGUCUGACUAUCCCACGGUUUUUAGGAAUUCACCCCUUGAAGCACGAAAGGGCCUCCAGUUUUCCGAACCCCUACCUCUUGGCUUAUAAUGCCGUAUUGGUAUUUUUCACAAUUCAGUCAGCGCUACAGAGUCAUCAGGGAUUACAAAUUAAUAACAAGCGUUUUCCAAUCUUUAGAAAUUUCCGAAAAGAGAUUGUCGAGCCUUGGGAUAUUCUUCUCUUACGGUAA